AUGACACUACCAUUCGUUGAGGUGUCACAUUUGGCACAGUCUUCAUCUUUCUACUCGGCAACUCUUCAGCUCAUCGGCCUGCGCUUCUUGAACGAAUCACGCGAACAGAACUCGUCCAUUGGGACUAUUACUUACGGAAUUCCAGCUGGAGCCGGCAAGUCUGGAGGCAAACGUGGUGACGACCAAAAAGGUGGCACGCCAGUUCUGCAGAUCCGCGAGGUUUCUCGACCGUUCGAACCUGUCAAGCUCUCGACUCUGGUCUUUGCGGUACCGUCCACUGAUGCAGUGAUCGGCUUCCACGACUGUGCCUUCACCGCGAAUCCGUGGCUGAGUAUUCAAACUGACGGUGACCCAAUCUAUCCUGGCGGCCCCAGCCCCAGACCUCGUUUAGGCUUUGAAGGCGGUCAAACCCCAAGAGGAGCAACAGUACGCGACCUUGACGGCAACACCAUUCGGGUUGUUUAUCAACAGCCUACUUGUCCUCGGGAUUAUUUUGGUCGAAUUAUCGAAUGGACUUAUGACGGUACCACCGCCCAGCCAAACAGGAAUCGAUCUCUUUCACAACCUCAGCUUCAGCCUGUUGCUUCCGCACGCUCGUCUUCUUCUUCCAUAAACGGCCAGUCACCCUUUCAGCCCCGUCAGUCUCCUGCCAAACACGGCCCCAAUACCGUCACAGCCGCAGAGAUGACUCAGCGUGCUGCCUCUCGUGCGGAUGAGGACGAACCCGUGUCUGUUUCCCCUCGACAAAGCUCCAACAACAACGGCCUAAGUACUACCACUGUCGUCGGUGCCAUCCUCGGAGUUGCUGCUGCUGGCGCUGCCCUCACGUAUGGCUUUGCAAGCCACAAUGCUAAGGAGCGAGAACGAAAACCAAGACAGGAGUAUGAGCCCCCGUCGCUCCCACGCCGCUCAACCUUCCCCGAGAAGGCCCCCACGGUUCAUAAACUACACAAUGACGAGCGCCGCAUCACCUACGCAGACUAUCCGCCCACAGCGUCACAAUACCCGCCCAAGGCGCUCCCUUAUCGAGGACAUGGCGGCUUUGCCCCUCAGGAUAUGUACCCGGAGGGAUAUCCUUUUCAGAAACACAUGCAGAAUGACUAUGCUCCCCGCAAGAUGCAUCACGAAUCGUAUCCGCCGAGGAAUCUCGGUUACGUAGAAGACGACAGCAGUGAGGAUUCUCCAGACGAGCCGAUCCGCCCCAUUCAAUACCUGACGCAAGCCCCUUACGAUGAGGAAAAUCCAUGGUCAAACGAAUCCCGAGCCAGAAGUCGGAGCAGAACCCGGAGUGUAGCCAAGAGUACUGCGAGGAGCGUCGCUGCGAAAAGUGCUGCUCCAAGCACCAGAAGUGUUGCGAAGAGCACUGCCAGGAGCGUUGCUCCUUCUCGGGCCCGGUCGCGAAGUCGAGCCCCAGCAGAGGAAGGAUAUGAUACUACCCGAAGUCGACGCUCGUCAAGGCACCCUCCCCCAGAAGACGCCUAUGAGUUUGUGGAAACACGCAGUCGCCACGCGUCAAGAGCCCCGGACGAUGACUUUGAGACACGAAGCCGUCGAGCGUCACGGCCGCCACGUGAGGAUGGAUUUGAUACACGCAGUCGCAGGUCGUCACGGCCUCCGGAGGAUGGUUUCGAAACAAGAAGCCGACGGUCUUCCAGGCCCCCUAUAACUGACAAGUCUAGGAGCGUCAGAGCCCGCAGCGAAGCGGGUGUUAGUCGCAGCAAGUCUGUAGUGUUAGUGGACGAUCUCCGAAGUGAGGCGCCCGUCAGCCGAAAGUACGACGACCGCCGUAGCCAUGCCGGUUCCCGAGCGCCCAAGUCAUCACAAUCAGUCGUCCGCGGCCACCGACCUCCGUAUGACGAUGAGCGGACAUACUUUUCAGCUCGGUCACGCCCGUCUUCACGAGCUCCUCGUCGAUCCUCCCGCACUGAGGUGGAGGCCGACAUUAUGGAGGCACCAGAGGUCCCCGAGGUGCCUGACGCGCCUGAGAUUCCUCUGGAUCCCGAUGUCUACGAAGCCCCCGAUGUGCCAGACAGGAUGCCUAGGAGUCGGGCCAGGAGUCGGUACAACGUGCCCCGGAUGGCCACUGGACCUGACUACCCACAUAUGGGCUACCCAAGCAAGGCUCAGAGCUACGUAUCUGCCAGGAAUGUUUCGCUUCCCAUGAGCGGCAUCGGUAGCAGUCACGCUGAUUGGGAUGACGACAUGGUCAGUGUUGCCCCAAGUGACAGUAUCAGCUGUGUUGGGGUGAAGCCGAGCAGACGAAGCCGCAAGAUACGAUAA